UGUCUGCUACAUUUCAGCUGUCUCGAACGCUCGCGCGAGCUGAUGGCUUCUGCACGCGGGUGCGGUUGAGCUGCGAGCCCGUUAUUAAACGCGGACGACGGCCAGGCCAGCAGCGCCUCGCCCUCGAUCCCCUUCCGUUCAUCCUCCUCCAACUCCUCCUCGUCGUUCCCCUUCGUAGGUUCGCUGCAUUGCCCGUCGCCGCCAUGGCCGCCAGAGGCAGCAAGAAGCGCAAGGUCGUUGCCGCGGAGGAGGGCCUGGGUCUGGGCAUCAUCGGAGCAGGGCCGUCGUCGUCUCCUCCGUCCGGGUCUCGUGACUCGGAUUCCGAUCGGGGGUCGCGCGACUCGCUGUAGUCGCUGCUGUCGGACGCCACCUCGAGCUUUUUCACCCAAGACGACGCCGUCGACGCUGCUUCGCGACUCCUCACCGCCGUCGUCGCCAGGUCGCCCGAAGCCGUCGCCGCGUUCGUCCGGCGACUCACUCCGGAAACAGUGUUGCGCUGCAUCGAUUGGGACCUCAUCCCGUCCGGCGACGCAAGAAAGAUUGCGGAGGGUCGAACACAUUGGACCGAGGAAGAGCUUCGCGUCUUCCUCCAUAGCUGCUUGGAGGAGAUUCAGGCUCGCAACAUCAUCUCCUCGUCCCCCGAAGCACAAGGGUACAUCAAUUUGGAGAGGAAGAUGUUAGAGAGGGCAGGAAAGAGAGUAACCAAGAAGCAAGUGAAGUGGCGCUGGGCAAAAUCUCGCAAAAAUUUCGGCAUGUGGACUUGGCUGGAAUCCAAGGCCACCGGACUUGGCCGUGACACCGUCUCUCAGGCCAUCCUCGCCUCCGACGAGUGGUGGGAAAUCCAGGAGUCGGAAAGGAAAGGGGCCAAGGCAUUCAAGGAUGCUCCUCUCAAGUGUAUCGACGAGCACCAUGCUGUUUUCCGAGGACGCACGGUCGUCCAGGACCACUCCAAUGUGCAACCAGCACAUCAACCAAUGAUCAAUGUGGAGGACAUUAGGGCACAACCACCAUCCCCAGCAGCAGCUGCAGCCAGGGCGAAGGGCAAGAGGCCUUGUGCCAGUGAGACUGAAACUUCAGGGAGCUCUUCAAAGAGCAGGACAUGCAGUGACUCCAGCGACGAGGCUCUCCACAGGCUAGCUGAUGAUGAUUCGAGGGUCGAGUCCAUGGAGAGCCGUGCGGAGAAGAAGAAGGCGAGAGGCGCAAGGGCUUGCAUGGACAUGGUGGUGGCCGAUGGAUACCGCCCGUGCAGCGAUUUGUGGCUCAUGGCACUCGCGCUGUUCCUUGACCCGUAUUGGCGUCAGUUCUUCCUCGACGAUUGCACCACUGCAGAGUCUCGUCUCCGGUUCAUUCAGGUGCACUACAACUGGCUGCGUAGGGGAGCGGCACCGCCUGCAGCAGCGCACCGCAACCAACCUGUUUGUUGACAGCGUAAUUUGCAUAAUAUAAGGGAUUUUGGUGGAUUGUGAUACCUAUUUAGAUUCGUAGUAGUAGGAUGUGUCACUUUCCAUCAAAAUUUAGUUUCAUUUGAGCGGUCCAAAUUUUAUUAUUGCUAGGGCAUGUUGAGGGUUUUGUGGAACUGCAACCAACUUGUUUGUUGCCAGUGUAAUUUGGCCAAUACUACUAGUUAGUUAUAUUUGAGCGGGCCAAAUUAUUUGGAAUAGCUAGUAUAUGGUGAGGGUUGUGUGAAAC